AGAAAAAGCAAGGUCACAGAAGAACAUCGUAAAUUCGUUGCGCAAAUCGUAGAAGAAAACCCUCAAGCUACAGUAAAUGAUGUAUUAGAGAGUUUAACAAAGCAAUACGAAGGUUUGACCAUUUCCAGAAGCCAACUUCAUUAUCAUAUGAAAAUAACUCUCAAUUUGACGAUGUAA